GCGGAGGCGCUGCGGGUUUGAAACAUUCAAACGGGGGCGCGGGAGCGGCGGGGGCGAGCGGCAGCCGCGGCGGGAGCGGAGCGGGGAGCCGGGAGCCGGGACGGGAGCGCGACAGCGCCGGGGCCCGGAGCCGAGCCGAGCCAGGGACAGCGCCAGGGGCAGCGAGGCCCGGAGCAGAGCCGAGCCGAGCCGGGGGCAGCGGGACGAGCCGGGCCGGGCCGGGAGCAGCGCCGGGCGCAGCAGGACGCGAGCAGCCGGGGCCGGGGCGCAGCCGGAGCCGGGGCGCGGGAGCCGGGGCGCAGCCGGGAGCCGCGAUGGCCUCGCAGAACGCGGACCCCGCCGCCGUGCCCAGCGCGGCCGCCCGCAAAGGGGCUGAGGCGGGGGGCACGGCCGCCCGCGGCUCCGUGGGGAAGAGGCUGCAGCAGGAGCUGAUGGCGCUGAUGAUGUCCGGUGACAAGGGCAUCUCCGCCUUCCCCGAGUCCGACAACCUCUUCAAGUGGAUCGGCACCAUCGACGGCGCGGCCGGCACGGCCUACGAGGACCUGCGGUACAAGCUGUCCCUGGAGUUCCCCAGCGGGUACCCCUACAACGCGCCCACCGUGCGCUUCGUCACGCCCUGCUACCACCCCAACGUCGACACCCAGGGCAACAUCUGCCUCGACAUCCUCAAGGACAAGUGGUCGGCGCUGUACGACGUCCGCACCAUCCUGCUCUCCAUCCAGAGCCUGCUGGCAGAGCCCAACGUCGAGAGCCCCCUGAACACGCACGCGGCCGAACUCUGGAAGAACCAAGCUGCCUUCAAGAAGUACCUGCGGGAAACGUACGCCAAGCAGGCCAAGAGCCAGGAGACCUGACCCCGCGUCCCCCCCCCCCGCGGCGGCGGCGUCUCCCUGCCGCGCCCGGGUCUCCGCUCUCCCGCCCUCCCUGUCCCGCCGCUCCCCGCGGCAGUUGUAUCAUAGGCUGUUUUUAAAUUAAUUCUGCAGUCCGAGCCACGGUUAACGUAUAAAUAAAUGCACAUUUAUAACUGUG